AUGGGACUAAGUCCAAGCAUAGUUACCGAAACCAAACCAGCGUCAUCAUCAGUAUUAGCUACGCCUAUAGCAAAGCCUAAUUGCACGACGCACUGCGGAAUUAAUGUCAGCAUCCCUUACCCUUUCGGGAUUGGACCUGACAAAGAUUGUUACUUUAAUGAAUGGUUUCAGAUAGACUGCAACGAGUCUACUGGGCACAAGCCUUUCUUGAGGAGCGCCCAAAUGGAGGUGCUCAACAUUUCUAUUGAUGGCACCCUUCAGGUUAAAAGCCCUGUUACUUUCUUCGGAGGUUGCAAGGGAAAGGAAACUCGCCAAGCCCCAAAUUUGACGGGAAGCCCUUUUGUGUACUUGGACAGAGAAAACAUGUUCACUGCAGUCAGCUGCGGCCGUCUUGCUAACAUGAGAUCAGAUGAGAAUGUUGUUCAUGGAUGCAAUUCAACUUGUGACGAUCAGAGUACAGAUAGUGCUACUUAUCGCUGCGGUACCAUUGGAACUAACUGUUGCCAGACUACCAUUCCUCCAAAUAUCAGCGUUUUCACUACUGAGAUACAGCCAAGAGAUCAAAUUGAUGGUUGCAACUAUGCAUUUCUUGUUGACCAAGAUUGGUUUUUGAAGAAUUUAUCAAGCUACAGAGCUAUCCAAGGAAUGGACAGCGUUCCCGUGGUGCUGGAAUGGAACAUCAGCUUAGACAACACUUCACACAAAGCAUUUGAAGGAUUUAUUGGAAGAAGAGCAGCAUUUGAUGGACAUAACUAUAAUGACUUUAAUAACGACUCAACACCCUAUUGCGAAAUAUAUAAUGCCACUACUUCUUCAACAUACAAUCAGUCAAGCGUUCAUUGCUUCUGUCCGGGGGGCUUUCAAGGAAAUCCUUAUCUUCUCCAACCUUGUCAAGAUAUUGAUGAAUGCAAGCUUAAUCCGUGUAUGGACGAUUCUUUUGUGCUAGCUUCGGGGAAUUUCAGUGGCAGUCCUAUAUGUGAGAAUGUCGCUAGUGGUUAUACAUGCUACUCAAAUGUAACUGUUCUUUUAGGUGUUCCUACAUGUGAAUAUUAUGGUGGAGGUGGAGGUGGUAUGCAUUGCUACUACAGGCCAAAGAAGCCACUGCCCUCUCGAAUCAGAACUGUUCUUUUAGGUGUUUUCAUGGGUCCCGGACUAUUGUUGCUACUCGUUGGUGCAUGGUAUGCAUACAAAGUCAUAAAAAAAAGGAAAGACAUUAAACGCAAGGAAAAGUUUUUCAAACGAAAUGGUGGUUUAUUGUUACAACAACAAUUAUCAUCAGGUGAAAUCAAUGUUGAGAAAAUCAAGUUGUUCAAAUCAGAGGAGUUGGAGAAGUCCACUGACAAAUUCAACGUUGAUAGAAUUCUUGGCCAAGGAGGCCAAGGUACCGUCUACAAAGGAAUGUUUGCAGAUGGAAAAGUGGUUGCGAUAAAGAAGUCUAAGAUAAUAGAUGAAGGUCAACUUUCAGAAUUCAUCAAUGAGGUUGUGAUUCUUUCACAAAUAAAUCACAGAAAUGUGGUUCAACUUUUGGGUUGUUGUUUAGAGACGGAAGUUCCACUCUUAGUUUACGAAUUCAUACCGAAUGGAACCCUUUCCCACUAUAUUCAUGAGCAGAAUGAAGACUUUCCAUUUACAUGGAAAAUGCGGUUACGAAUUGCAACAGAAAUUGCAGGAGCUCUAUCGUACUUACAUGGUGCAGCUUCGUUUCCUAUAUAUCACAGAGACAUCAAAUCUACCAACAUACUCUUAGAUGAGAAAUACACAGGAAAAGUUGCUGACUUUGGAACUUCAAGAUCAAUUGUGAUUGGCCAGACACACUUGACCACCGUUGUACAGGGCACAUUUGGUUACCUGGACCCUGAAUACUUCCAAUCAAGCCAAUUUACGGAGAAAAGUGAUGUCUAUAGUUUCGGAGUUGUCCUAGUUGAGCUCUUGACCGGACUACAACCAGUUUUUGCAGUAAUCGGGUCACAAGAAAAAGAACGCAGAAGUCUUGCCACUUGUUUCAUUAUUUCGAUGGAGGAAGACCGACUAUUUGACAUUCUUGAUGCUAGGGUUGUGAUGGAGGGCUCCAAAACAGAUAUCACAACUUUUGCUAACCUUGCAAUGAGGUGCUUGGAUUUGAAUGGAAGGAACCGCCCCACUAUGAGAGAGGUCACGGCGGAGUUGGAGGCCAUUCAAAUGUUGAUUGAAAAAUCUUCUAAUGCUCAACAUAAUUAUAAUGGGGUUGAACUUUCAAGUUCAACAGAGUCAGCCUCGGAUACGGGCACAAAUUCAACAUCUGAUGAAUUUUGA